CAACCACACUGACUAACACCCCAGCCCCAGUGGACUUCGAAGCACUUGUGGGCAAAACUGUUGGAUCUCAACGGUGAUGUCAAAUUGAAAGUUCAUCUCAUCACCGAACUCAGAGAAAUGAUCGAACUGUGCUCGAGAGACGUGGAAUUCACAAAACACCUUGAUAUAAUCAUUUCGGCUGUGGUCGAAAUUCUUUCUAGUACCCGUCCAGUAUUUAUCACGUCGACUUGGGAUUAUAAAUAUCGGCUUCUCCUCCUCGACAUUUUGUGGCGCAUUCCCGUACACGACGCUAUGAAAACCAAUGCUUUGAAAGUGAUGAAUUUGCUGAUUGACAUGAUCCGACACGAUAACGAAGAAUCCGUGAUGAUUUGUUUCAAGCUCGUGGUCGAUCUCUAUCGAUCAUUCAAAUCGAUUUUAGAACCUACAGUCGCCGCAUUCUUCCAAAUAAUCCUGGAAAUGUAUGAUCUUGUGCCAGCUACGACCGAAGAAAUUUUUGGAGAUAUCAAGACGGAUACAAAUCAACCCGAUGGCAUCCCAAUCUCAUCUGAUGGCACUAAUCAACUCGAUCCAAACAAACCGACACCUGACAGCGGCAAAGCAAACUUGAUGCGGAGGACCGCAAGUGGGAAUCCAAAUAUCUCGGGAAACGCCCCACUGACUGGAACAGAUUCUAGCUCUACUGAAGCAAUCAGGGGUAUGAAGUCUUUUAGAGUCCUGCAGGAAUGUCCUGUCGCGGUAGUUUUUUUGUUACAAACGUAUAAAGCUACUGUACAACCCAGUCUACCAGCUUGCUUGCCCAUCAUCUUCAAGUUUCUCAGGACGUCACCCCUCCCUCAAGUCAUGUGGCAUGGGGUCAUUGCUGAACGUGGUCAAGGCCCUUUCAUCGGCGUUGCGCCGACUAUUACCAAAGCCGGUAAACGGAGUCAACACACCGAGUUGAUGAUCGCUCAGGUGAAGGUUAUGUCUUUCAUAGCGUAUGUUAUCAGAGCCCAGGCAACGCUGGUUCAGCCAUUCGGAACCGAGAUCCCAACAAUAGUCCUUCGCAUACUCAAAGAUAUUCCACCGGAGUCAUCACUCUCUCGCCGAGAACUCAUUGUUGCACUGCGCCAUAUCCUCGGCACUGAAUACCGCUCGUUGUUCAUUCCAUUCUUGAACGACCUGCUGAACUUUCGAGUAUUCAUGGGUACCGGGAUCACUUCCUUUGAGACCUUGCGUCAUUUGGUUUACAACACUUAUACCGAUCUUUUACAAAACAUCAAGUCAGACCUUCUAGGUAAUCACAUCAAGGCAAUCCUAAUGAAUUUUGCCGAAGUGUUGAACGAUCCGACAGCGUCAACCACUACCCAGGCUAUGGCCGGAAAGGUCAUUUAUAGCCUUGUCGAUUUGGUCAAUUCAAAUCGGUUCGAAAAGCAUGAAGGCAUCAGAAUUUCCCGAUGGCUGAUGGAAAAUUUUGUCCGGAAGAUCGAAGCGCUUGCCGACAAUCGAGCUUAUCAGAUCAAGCAGCAAGCUGAUGCCCAAGAACAAUUGCAGAACAGCUCGAAUCGUCUCAAGGAGGAACCACUCAAGGAUAAGGGCAAAGGAAAACAAACCGAUACCCCCGGUUCAUCCGAUCCUCAAUCCAAAUCCCGCACUGAGAGUGGCAGACUUUCUCCCCCUGAUCGAACUCCAGAAGAGGCUGAAGACAUUCUUAUCGAACGAGGAAAGAUUCUUGGUGGGGUUGCGGCCGUCCUUGAGCCACCGUUCGAUCAUUCCAAGGAUCCUAUCUACGGGCGCCGCGUGCUUGUUCGCUCUUGCAUCACAAGCUUUCAAAUUCUUUUUGGGAACACGAAGAAGAUGGAUGCCCCAUUACCAGACGCGAUGCUCUUAGGCCGAUUAUUGACUGGGGCGGUGCGGUGUUUUGGAAUCUACGAGCACCGUCGAGACGGCAGAGAAAUGAAGGAGAUCGUGGACUGUUUUGUCUCCAUGUUUACUCAGGCCGAUCUAGUUUUGUUCAGUGAAACCUUUGAGCCGUGCAUGCCGCUACUGAUGAAAGAAUUGCGAUCAAAUCCAGAUUUGCUAGCAUUCCCGCAAUAUUUCCUAGCUAGUCCAGUUCUAUGCAAAGCAACCAUUGGGAUCACCUUGCGACACAUCAUGAAACACCUUCAUGAGCUCGGCAAAGACAAACAAUCCGGAGUCAUCGUGAAACUUCUCAAAAUGUGCUUCUUGGCUGUCAACAUGUUCCCUGAUGUUGAAGCAACCUUACAGCCUCAUCUCAGUCGCUUGAUUAUGGAUUCUCUCCGAUUCGCCUCCUUUUCAAACGAGCCUGGGCAAUAUUACUCUGUACUACGGGCGUUGUUCAGGGCUAUUGGUGGCGGUCGAUUUGAAAUCUUGUACAAGGAAAUGUUACCUCUGAUCCAAGUUUUACUCGAAGAGUUGAAUGUACUCCUCAAUGCGACCACCGAUUCGAAAGAAAGGGAGUUGUUUGCCGAGCUAUGUCUGACGGUGCCCGUCCGACUGAGCGUGCUCUUACCCUACCUCACAUACCUAAUGCGACCUCUAGUAAUUGCCCUACAAGCCGUUCCUGAUCUAGUUUCUCAAGGGUUACGAACGCUGGAGUUAUGCGUCGACAACCUGACCCAGGAAUUCUUUACCCCGUUGAUGGCACCGGUCGUCCAUGAUGUGAUGACAUCUCUGUGGAAGCUCCUGAAGCCUCUUCCUUACAACCCUAAUCACGCGCCCGUUGCUUUGCGUAUCCUUGGAAAAUUAGGUGGCCGAAACCGAAAAGUUUUGCGUCCAAAAACCAUCGAGUGGAAGCAAGUUGAUGUCCAAGCCUGUUACCUACCAAUCAGAUUAGACGGUCAUCAAAGAAGUCUCACUCUUCCUCCCCUGGUUCAACUGGCAACCCGACUGAUGCGACGUGGAGACAUUCACUACAGAAGGAAUGGGUUUGGAUUUUUGAAAAACAUCACGCCCGUGUUUUUGUCAAUGGGAUAUGGACAAGGUGAACGGGAAGAAACCUUCUCUGUUUUGCUCAAGGGGUUAUUUGAUGCUACUCGAGUUCCGGAAUUCUCUGUCGAUGCCGAAUCCCAUCUUUCAUCUCUUUUUGAACACGUCUUCAUCACUGAAAUUUGGCAAGAGCCGGGCCCCAAUCCUGAGCAAGCGCGUUAUUCGCUUUCGUUAACCAAUACGAUCAUUGAUGCUUUAAUCGAUAAUCUCACCGUUGCCACGGAUCAAAAUCACCUUCAAGCUGCAUCCCAAUUCACACACAGAGUUUUCCAAAAGCUUUUCCAACAUGCAAAAACCACAUCCGCCCUCAAAGAAGACAUUCUGACCCACGCCAAACGAACCCUGUGCAGGAAAGCCAGCUCUUCCUGCUACGAUCAUUCGUGGCCUCGUAAGUGCGCUGGACAUCAAGUCUUGUCUAUUUUGGUGAACGAUACAGAGAUGAGCGCUAGUUGGAUCGCAGAUUUCGAGCUGGAAAUCAUCAGGGCUCUGCUCUUCCUUCACAAGGAUGCCCCGUCUGCUACGGAGAAGAUCUUGGAGGGACCAACAGAUACGUUUUUGAAGCUCUUAAGGAUCUGCCACAAGCCGUCUAACACGCCUACUCCAUCCGAAAUGACGGCCAAAUUGACCUAUCUUGUUGGUCUACUGAUCAUCGAACUGUGUAGUCAGACCAGUGGGGUCCGGAGGGUGGCCCAAUUAGCUCUACAACUAAUCAGUGAACGGACUCAGAAACCGAUGCAUGAACUUUUGCUGCCGGCUCGAGAAAGAUUGUCGCCAAUCUUUGGGAAACCUUUGCGCGCGCUGGCAUUCCCUAUGCAGAUUGGACACCUUGAUGCCUUAACCUUUUGCGUUCGAUUGGACCCUCCACUGUUUGAUUACAGUGAUCAGCUGAUGAGAAUCUUGCAGGAGGCCCUCGGAAUUGCCGAUGCGGAUGAUGUAGCAUUGAUCGGCAGGACAAACCAAGUUAAAACGGCCAAAGCCCUCAUUGAAUUGCGAGUGGUUUGCUUGAGGUUUCUGGCGGCCACUUUGAGGUUACCCGAAAUGCGUCAACAAUCAGCUACGAAGGCCAAAAUCCUUUCGGUUUACUUUCAAUCCUUGUAUGCAAAGAACGUCGAGGUGGUCGAUGCAGCACACGCAAGCUUAAAGGAGCUGCUUGCUAACGGAGGAAGUCGCUUGCCGAAAGAUCUCUUACAAAGUGGACUGCGGCCGGUUUUGAACAAUCUCUCAGACCACAAGAAGCUGACGCUCCCUAGCUUACAGGGCCUCGCGCGCUUAGUCGAGUUGCUCACGAAUUAUUUCAAGGUGGAGAUUGGAUCUAAACUUUUGGAUCAUUUCAGGCAACUUUCAGAUCCUCAGACACUCGCGACGGCAGCUCUAUCAUCCUCACAGGAAAGUGGCGUCUUGGAAAUCAUGGCUGGUGUCGUGAACAUCUUUCACCUAUUAGCUUGCCCAGCCGCUGGUGUUUAUCUACGUGAUAUGAUCGCAUACGUGGUACACGUCGAGACAAUACUGAAGAAAGUCACUGCUAGUCCAUUCACCAAGCCACUGUCUCUUUACAUCAAUCUCUAUCCCGAGCCCGCUACAGCUUACUUUUUUCACCGGCUGGAUGAUGAUCGUCAUCUGAAUACUUUAAAAUGGGUCCUACUCAGCGAUCAUUCGGAACAGUUUAGAACGUAUUUAAAGAAUCGCGCUCUAGAAUGGCUCCAACAAAGCUAUACCGCCGCUGGAACUUGGGGUUUGCAUGGUACAAUCGUCUUGCAGCAGUUAGUCGUCAAAGAUCCCGAGUCGAUUGCCACGAAUACGGAAAUCAUGCAUGUUCUCAGUCAAAGAUGGGUAUCCGAUGGAAGGAAAGCACGACUAGCACUUGGGAUCGGUGAUGAGCGUUUUAUUCAACUUCGCGAGGAUGUGGUUACGGUUGAAAUCAUGAUGACCUGCAUCAGGACCCAACCGUUCGGGAACAUUGAUCUCUUAUUUCAUUUGGCAGAUGUCCUGGAUGCAGAUCGAAUUAUUGAAUACAGUCACAUUACCCGAUUUUACAAUGAGCAAGUUUUGAAAAGUACGGAUGUCACCUACAAGUCGGCCGUCCUUUCACGCUUUCUUGAUAUCGUUAACAAUCAUGAAGUUCGUCCGCAGCAGAAAGCCGCCAUCUUACGGCACCUGAUCAAUCCUCUCCUUUUGGUGGCCUUUGAACGAGGCGAAAAAGAGAAAGACAUUGUUGAUACUGAAUACAUCAACAAAGUCUACCUCGUCAUCUGGAGUGCAUUCAUCCCGAAUACCAACGUCAAACCAUUUACAUCCGACGACAAAUUAGAUGUUGAAUUGCUGCACAUGGCCAGCUUGAUCGUACAAUACCGGCACAAUCUAGUCGCCGACCAGAGAAAAGAGAUCAUCAAGUUUGGCUGGUACUUCCUGAGCUUGAGGGACGAUCAGACAGUCAAAAACGCGGCCUAUAUUUUAAUCUCUCGUUUCAUCGCGGUCUACGAUUCUCCAACAAAAAUUGUCAGUCAAAUCUUGAAUGCUUUGCUCAAGCUACAUACCAGUGAAGCCAAACAUAUGGCGCAGAAAGCGUUAGAUAUCUUACUUCCAGUCAUACCUAAGAGGUAUAAGGAUAACCCAUCGGAAUGGAUUCGACUCACGAAGCGUAUGCUGAGUGAAGAAGGGCAAAAUCUGUCUUUCUUGUAUAAUUUCUACUCAACAGUCCUUCGAAACCCCGAGCCUUUUUUUGCCCAUCGAGAUGUUUUUAUCCCUUACAUUUCCGCAGCCCUGCCCAGGUUGACCGUCAGUGGAAGCUCGAAUCCUGAAAUGCGAGGCCUCGUUGUAGAUUUGAUAGAACUCGUCGCUCGGUGGGAGCAGCAACGGAUUGAGGCAACCAGCAAAGAUGAGAUCACUCAAGAUGCACUGGCUACUAGUCGCGCCCAAAGUCCACAACCAGAACAGUCAUCUCCUGCCAAGCGAAUCAAAUUGGAUCAACCCAGUACGCCCGUCCCAUCCGCAGCUGGAUCUGAAAUGACGCUAGGGGGAUACAUCGUCCCUUACCCGAUCAGAGAUGCGAUUGUCAGCGUACUUAUUCGAGUAAUUACGUAUCCCAACGAACCAACCUCAAAAAAUCCGCCGAUCGCUAAAGCCCUCUCAUUAAUGAGGCUAAUCUUGACCAAAGUCUGGCCGGAGGUGGAGGUAAAAGUUAACUACUUCCAGCGUGCCCUGUCAGCUGAAAUUACCGAAGGAAACGUUGGAGUUGUUUGCAAUACCGCCGAACUUCUGAAUAUCGUCCUAGCCAACAAGUCAGAUGAAUGGCUCUUAAGCAACUUAGGCCUCGUUCAAACUUUGGUUGAGAAGGGUGUCAGUUCCAAGUGCGAUGAGUUAUUCAAAGUCCAACGGCCGCUACUGAAUAGGGUGUUUGGCGUCUUGCCUGUCGAGGAUCGAUCGACUUCGGAUCAAGAUGAAGAGAAGGAAAAGAUUAGCGCAGCGGUUGCUGCUUUUGAGCAGUGGGUCAACUCGACGAUCAAAGAAGGAUUGAAAGAGCCUCGCAUCCAAGAAAAUUUUACUUCGGCGCUGGCGCUCCUACAGGCCUUCGAUCAAGCGCAACCUUCGAAAGUGGAAGUUUUCAUCCCUGAUAUCGUCCGAAAUUUCUCCCGCGCCAUGCGUGAUCAUCUAGCAGCCACUCAAGCAGAUCCCACUCAUCCGACAGUCGAGCAAACCAGGCAUCUCCUAGAAGGUUUGUGUGACUUAAUGAAGACCCGGGUCGCCACGAUGGGAGAACAUCGCCUGUAUCUUUUGAGUGGGCUUGUUCAACUAGUCGAGAAAUCUCCACAUAUCGGACUGUGCCGUUACAUUCUGAGUGUUCAGCGGAAGUGGAUUGAAGAUAAGGAUCCGUUGCCGACGCCAAGAGAGAAAGCAACGAUAUUGGUCAAGAUGAUGAGUUACGAGCUGAAGGGUAAUGAAGAAUUACUCAACGACUAUCUCAAGUUAAUCUUAGAUAUCUAUCAAUCGAGUAGCUAUUCAAGAUCGGAAUUCACCGUGAAACUCGAACCAGCCUUUCUCUUGGGCUGUCGCAGUCGAGACCCAGAAAUAAGGACAAAAUUCAUGGCUGUAUUUGAUGAUAGCAUUCGGCCCGAGCCUUUUGCCCGACUGCAGUACUUGAUCGGGGUUCAGAAUUGGGAACCACUGGCCGAUAUCAACUGGAUCCAUCACGCAUUAGAUAUCUUUCUGGGCUCGAUUGAGAUGAAUGAUCCGGUUUUGAUCGAAGGCCGACUUCCCUAUCCGCUUCCAAACUCAUCUGAAUUUUUGAAUUGGGCUGAAUCCAUCAAAAUCGGCCAUGUCAUCAGUUCUGCACGUCAACUUCUUUAUGCAGAUCCAGCUGAAACCGAAAAGAUUUGGGUAUCGCUAUUUCAAGCAGCCUGGACGACAUUUUCUAAGCGCGAGCAAGCCGAUUUGACCAGAUACUUGAUCCAUCUAUUCUCAAAAGAAUACUUGAUGAAGGCUGUUGAUCGUCGACCUAACGUAGUCCAAAUCAUUCUAUCCGGUGUUAGAGGCUGCAAUCCAACCGUCGUCCUUCCUCCUCAUUUGGUCAGAUAUCUGGGCAAAACUUACGCUGCUUGGUAUACUGCAAUCGAAAAUCUGCAGGAGGUUUUGGACGAGGUGGUCGAUUUCAAUCAAGACGCUCAGAACGUUAGUCAUAACGAAAACCGACAUCAUCCCGAAAACAGCCGUGAAGUCGCCGGUGAGGCUUUGGCUCAAUUGUACGCCGAGUUAGGCGAAACUGAUAUAUUUUAUGGUCAAUGGAGGCGCAAGAGUUUAUGUAUCGAGACUAAUGCUGCGAUGUCAUACGAGCAAAUUGGUGAAUGGGAAGCGGCUGAACAAGCAUAUGAGAUAGCUCAGGAAAAAGCGAGAUCAAAUCUACUGCCUUUUGGACAAGGUGAAUACAAUCUUUGGGAAGAUCAUUGGGUUUUAUGCGCUUCAAAAAUUCAACAAUGGGAUUUCUUAAGCGAUUUGGCGAGGGCUGAGCAUAACAGCGAAUUGUUGCUUGAGUGUCAGUGGAGACAGGCCGACUGGUCUACCGAGCAUGAAAGUAUUGAACUUGCCAUCACAAAUCUUCCCUCACAAAGCAUCCGAAGGAACACCUUUCAAGCUUACCUCACGCUACUCAAGAGUCACAUGGGGUUGCUUGUUGAUGAGCACCGUUCGGAAUUCACUAGAAUUUGUGAUGAAGGCAUUCAAUUAUGUCUUCACCAAUGGUUUCGAUUACCCGAAAUUGUAACUGAGUCGCACAUUCCGUUAUUGCAAGCAUUCCAACAGUUCGUUGAACUUCAAGAAGCGUCGCAGAUCUUCCACAGUCUGACAACAACCACUAGCCAAAAUCUUGAGGCCAGGUCAGCAGACUUGAAGCACGUAUUGCAAACCUGGAGGGAACGAUUACCGAAUCAAUGGGACGAUAUCAACAUUUGGAGCGAUCUAGUUGCUUGGAGGCAACACGUUUUCUCAGCCAUCAACAGAACCUACAUACCAUUGAUUCAAUCGAACCUCGGCGCUAAUACGCAGUCGUUUGCUUAUCGAGGUCAUCACGAGACCGCGUGGAUGGUCAAUAGGUUUGCGCAUGUAGCUCGAAAGCAUGGCUUAUCCCAACUGUGUAAAGACUCCUUGACAAGAAUUUACACUUUGCCAAAUAUCGAGAUUUCCGAAGCCUUCCUCAAGCUGUGUGAACAAGCCAAAGUUCAUUUCGAAAACCCUGACGACCUCGGCUCCGGAUUCGAGGUCAUCAGUCAUACAAACUUGAUGUAUUUUGGACCUUCCCAGAAGUCCGAGUUUCACACUAUCAAAGCCAUGUUUCUGGCAAGGCUAAAUCUCCACGAAGAAGCUUCGCAAGUUUUCAAUCAAGCUGUCAGCACCGACUUCCAGUAUCCUAAGGCUUGGGCCCAAUGGGGUGCUUACCAAGAUAAGUUGUUUGAAAAGUCUCCUGAAAAUUUACAACUGGCAGCCGGCGCAGUGAACUGCUAUCUUCAAGCUUCUGGUCUGUACAAGAAUGGCAAAGCUCGCAAGUUGUUGAUUCGGAUACUAUGGCUAAUUGGAAUGGAUGAUGCGAGUGGAACAAUUGGUCGAGCAUUUGACAGCUUCAAGGGAGAUAUCUCGGUUUGGAAUUGGACGUAUUUCAUCCCGCAACUGCUUUCUUGUCUUUCUGCUCCCCGCGAAGCACGCUAUGCAAAGGCGCUGUUAACCAAGAUAGCCAAAGCUUUUCCCCAAUCUCUUUUUUUCUAUCUUAGAACAACGAUUGAUGAGCUGUUCCCACAAAAGCAAAGAGCAUAUAACGCCGGGCAAAGGGGAGGUGGUGCCCCUCUGAAUAAUUCAACAAAUCAUGAGAACAAUUCCUCUCAGACUCAACCCGCAUCGGCUCAGCAAGGUGGACCUCCAAACACAAGCGCAAACCCUACCCAAAAUGUUGCAACACUACCGAACCAUCCUCCCCAGAGUAUCACGCCUCCAGGGCCGUUCCCGUUUGAACAUGCGGACGACAUAAUGGGCACGUUGAAGACACAAUUCCCCCUCUUAGCUUUGUCAAUGGAGAUGUUGGUAGACCAACUUUAUCAACGGUUCAAGGCCCCGCCAGAGGAAGAUGUGUAUCGGCUGAUCAGUGCCUUAUUACAAGAGGCCCUCUCUUCGUAUAUCCAAAGAGCAGGUAACCCCAAUGAUGAUUUGCAAUUGUCCGAUACUAUCAAAAGCAAUUUGUCGAGAUUCUCUGAAAACUUAAGCAAAUUGCCUAUGCAACCGCAUUUCCAUCGAGAUUUUGUUGAAAGUUCGCUAAACUUGAGAACUUACGUUAACAAGCUACAAGAAUGGCGACUAAAAUAUGAGAAAAAUAUUGAAAGAAACCUGAGGAAAACCAAUCUAGAGAGUGCAAGCCAUUGGAUGGUUGAAUUCCAAUACCAAAAGUUUGAUGAUGUCGAAAUUCCCGGACAAUACUUGAAGAGAUUCGACGACGACAACAAUGCGCACUUCGUCAGACUCGUGCGAUUUUCGACUGCUUACGGAUAUCAUCGACAAAAGGAGCAUUGGUUCCGUAGGAUAACGAUGAUCGGGCAUGAUGCCAGCCAGCAUUCAUUUGUUAUUCAAAUGCCAGUACCCAGGUCUAGUCGACGAGAAGAAAGGAUUAUGCAGCUCUUCAGAAUGUUGAACUGUACACUUUCACGCCGAAGAGAAAGUCGCACCAAAAAUGUAUCGUUCACAAUACCAGCUGUGAUCCCUCUCGCGACGAAUAUCAGAAUCGUGGAGAGUAAUGUAGCCCAUUGUACACUGCAAGAAAUAUUCGAAUCAUACUGCCAAGAAGCUGGAAUGUCAAGAGAUGACCCUUUGAUUGCUUACGCUGAGAGGAUGAGGACCUUUGGGUUUGAAGGUGUAGAGGAUGUCAACUCUAUUGCUACCAAACUCGAAGUUGGUGAUGAAAUCACAGCGAAAAUGAUACCAGAUUGUAUAUUGAAAAAUUACUUCAUCAGGAGUAUGAAAACUGCUGGUGAUUUAUGGUAUUUUAGAAAGAGGAUGACGAUUCAAUAUGCUAGCUUUAUCUUCAUCUCUUUUAUCUUUAGUCUCACCCAUCGAACUCCACAUCGGUUGACGUUUGAUCGCUCUUCUGGUGCUGUUUUCACGACUGAAAUGCUUCCUAACCUUCUGCCAAACAAACCCGAGUUUGGUCACACUGAAGCUGUGCCAUUCCGUUUCACCCCCAACAUACAACAAUUCUUGACGAGACAAAAUAUUGAGGGCCUCUUGACGGCCUCUUUGAUGGCUAUUGGAAAAGUCUUGGUGGAGCGCGAAAAUGAAUUGGAAUAUAACCUGUCAAUCUUCGUUAGAGAUGAAGUUCUGACCUGGAAUGUUAUUGCCCAAGCCAAAAUGAUGUCCGAGGACUUCAACAUCAGUGAAGUCAUUUCAAAAAAUAUAGAUUUGGUUGUCAGAAAGUCUAGAUUGCUGGCUUGUGAAAUGGAAAGAAAGACUAUUGAUCCUUCCAAUCCUCAACCAGUCUGUCAAUCAAUAAUUGAAUUGAUCAAUUUAGCUAGUAGUUUACCAAAAUUAUAUUCUAUGGAUCCUACAUGGAUGCCAUGGUUAUGAUUGCCUCAUUUUCUUGACUUGAUUGUCCUUUCAUAACUUCCCUUUUGGUCUUUUUUCCCUUUUCUCUCCUUGUCUUGGUCUCUUUUUUUUCUUUGUGCAGAGUUGUAUCAUUAAGUUAUAUACAUUGUUGAUAUCCACAGAUCUCAUCUUAUGCCCAGCCCUUUUAUCAGACUUUCUCCUUUGUUGCUACUGUUGUUAUUUUUUAUUUGAUGUUCUUAUAUUCAAAAUGGCAAGGAUCAAUUGCUAGAUUUGAAGUCAAGUAGGUAUUUAACUUGAAGUUUUUUUUAGGGGA